AUGCUGUCGCCGAAUACAACAAAGGCUGAGGGAAGUGCAGAACGACUGUGCGAGGACACCCAGGAAUACGCCGACCGUGGUGAGAUGAAUUUCUUCGUGGCCGUCAAAACAGCCCACGGUCUACAAACCAAGCGGACUGCACCUCUGCUGACCAAGAAUGGAGCAACUAUCCUGAUGGAGAAGUCAGAAAUCCUAGAGCGGUGCACUUUCAGAGUGUCCUCUCCUGCCCGCCGACAGUAUGCGAAAAAGGCAUCCACUGACUUCCUGAAAUGGACACCAGCUACGACCUUGAGCAUUCGCAUUCCCUCUUUGCGGCCAUCGGAACAGUGCAACAGCUGUUCAAUUGAAAAGUACCUGGAACAGACAACUACAGCCGAAUGCUACAAACACGACGGCCCACAGCUUAUGACAGAGGUUAUCUCGCUGUUCCAUGUGAUAUAGCAAAAGAGACACUUCUCAAAAGUCUUCAAGGAUGCCACCAUCGUGCACAUUUACAAACACAAGGGGGCCGACAACUAUAUGUUAACCACAGAGACAUCUCCCUUCCCAACCUCGAGGGAAAAAGUUUUCACCCGUGUCCUACUCAAGUGUCUACACACGAAUCUGGAGCAAGGAUCUACUCCAGAAGCACAGUGAGAAUUCUAAAAACACCGUGGAGCCUUGGGCACGAUCUCCGCGGUUCUCCAACCGCUAGGAAGAUGUCAGGAAAGGAUAACUUACCUCUGCGCCGUAUUUGGGGAUCCGAACAGGGCCUUUGACACGCUGAAGUACGAUGAACUCAGGAGAAACACGCAGUAAUUAGGAUAUCUCGAGCGAUUUACUCUAGUGGAAAGAUAACUUCACGACGCGAAAAUGGCUAAUGUAAAGGUCAGGAGGAUAGUCUCUGAAGCGUUCGCGGUUACCGAUGGGGUGAAGCUGGGCCGUGUGCUCGUUCCCACCCUAUUUGGACUCAUGUCCUCUGCUCUCCUGGUGGACGUGUUCCGAGGCGCCAAACUAUCUUGCAUUUGCCUACCUAUUCACCAUUCUUGAACUUACUGGUUGUUUGACUAGAUGGAAGGGACUCGGCUCAACACGACGUUCGUGGCAUGUGUAGAAUUAUCAGGUCGUUUGACACUUAACUAUUAAUUCCUUCAUAACCCUAGUCUUGAACUGAUAUCCAUAAUCUGGGAUUGGCAAUCGCCUCCUUUGUGUUCGCAAAAGUGGUAACCCCUUCGAUGUUCACGCUUACGCCUUAGAUUUGCUGCAUGUACAUAGCUCGUUCUCCUUGAUUCUCUAUACCGCCAUACUCUCUACGGAUUUUAACGAUGCCGCUACUUCUCUUCGUGGAGUCGUUUUGUCCCUCCCAGGCUUCUGGCAACAUGCACCAGAACUUUACUUCUUUCAUAUUGGGGCAGCGUUUCACUCUGCAAAGACGACACGAGAAACCGACAAGUACUAUUUGUUGGUCGAGAUCCUUCUUCCCCCCAUUCUUUCCCAAAUGCAGGCAUUUUUGCAUGAUCGCUCGACUGAUGCUCCCUAUACCAGGCUAAAGGCUGAACUUCUUCGCCUGACCUCAGUCUCAGAUAGCCGUCGUUAUCGCGUACUCGUAAAAGAAGAGGCUUUAGGGGAUCACAAACAGUCGAAACUCCUGCGUCGCAUACUGUCUCUUGUUUGGGACAUGGCCAUGGGUAUAGGUUCUUUAAAGGUUGUGUGUCCAGAUCACGUCGGGGUCACCGACUGUCGCCGACAAGACAGGGGUUCCCAAAUCAGAAGUCGGGAAGACGGAUUGGGCAGGGCAAUUUGUACUGCUGAGGAAGUGUGUACACAAAGGCCCUGCAAGCAGUCGCCGCGGGCGGCCUCUCCAGGCAGGUUGUGUCUGUGUCCGCCGUUGAGGUGCUUAGACUCCAGCGCGUGUGUACGCCUUUCUCUCUGCCUCAUUGUCCACCAGCCUAUCAGAGAAGGGGCGGCAUGUAUUGGCCUCGAGCGCUCGCGAGGCUGGUGUCAAGCCUCUCGCGCCCUAGCGACAGAUUGACAGGGAGUGUGAGGCGGACAGGAGGGCGGCGUGACAAGGCGGCGGGGAGCAGGGAGGCGCGGGUUGCCACAUGUACAGUAGGCAUGCGGUAUCUCACUGUAUCUGCUUGCUAGAGCAGUGCUGCAUGUCUGUGUCCGCCGUUGAGGUGCUUAGACUCCAGCGCGUGUGUACGCCUUUAUCUCUGCCUCAUUGUCCACCAGCCUAUCAGAGAAGGGGCGGCGUGUAUUGGCCUCGAGCACUCGCGAUGCUAGGAGCAAGCCUUGCGCGUCCCAUCGGCAGAUCGACAGGGAGUGUGAGGCGGACAGGAUGGCAGCGUGACAAAGUGGCAGAGAAGAAGGAGACACGGACUGCCACAUUUCUAGAAUGCCUGCAAACAAUCUUUACCUCCGGCUCAGAUGAUUUAGAUAUCUCAAAACUAGCCGAUCGUAUAAUGGAGGUUGAGCGUUUGUCAUCCACGACAGUUGCUCAGGUUUCAUAACCUCUCACUGCGCCCGCUUCUGACCUGGCCGAGCUCAAGACGCAAAUUGCUCAACUGUCGGCGACUCUUGCCGCUUUGAAGCUCGUCUCGACGUUUCUUUAGCCGUGACCGCUGUCGUUCCCGCUCUCGCCUUAGAACCGCAAGCAUAUGCUGGUAUCAUGUAAACUUUGACGAUAAGGCGCGUCAUUGUGUCCCACCCUGCACCUUCAAGUCCUCAUAGGGAAACUCCCCAGCCGGAAUGUAAAUGCAGUCGAAGUCUCUGGCAACUCUACCGGUCACACAUUUUGCAUCGGUGAUAACACAAGUGGCAGACGUUUCUUAGUCGACAGUGGCGCUCAAAUGAGUGUUAUCUUUCCUACCCCAGCCAACCGACGUUGCCCCAACUAUGGUCUUUUUCUCCGGGCCGUAAACUCUUCUCACAUCGCUACUUUUGGAUCCCGAUUUAUCAUCCUUGACGCUGGUCUCGGGCGAAUUUACCAUUGGGUCUUUUGUGGUGGCUGAUGUUCCUACUGCUAACCUUGGUGCUGACUGUCUAGCCGCUUUCAGCCUUCUGGUUGACUGCAGCCAACUUCGUCUUUAUGAUAGCGCCACUGUCCUUCUCUGUUAACGGUUUUCACCUAUCUCCAGCUUCCAACCGCCCAUCUGGCCUUGAUCCAAACCCUGACUGUCAAUUCUGUAAACUUUUAGAAAAACAUCCUAAUCUCGCUAAGCUCCACUUUUCUGACUCCUCCUUGUCCAAUGAUAUUGUUCACCACAUAAAAACGACUGAUCUUCCUGUCUUCUACCGUCUCCGCCGUCUUGCUUUCACUCGUCUUGCGGCGGUUAAGACUGAAUUUGAGUCCAUGCGGCAACUAGGGCUUAUCUGACAGUCUGAGAGUCCCUGGACAUUUCAUUUGCACAUAGUUCCUAGAGCGCAAACGUAUGCCUGGCGUCCAUGCGGUGAAUAUCGGUCCCUGAACAAUGUAACCGUCCCAGACCGCUACCCCGUUCCUCAUCUCGGGACUUUUCUGGAGCUCUCUUUGGCAAAACCGUUUCUCGAAGAUCGAUUUGGUCGAGGCUUUUCAUCAAAUUCCGAUUGCGUCUGAGGAUAUUCCCAAAACAGCAGUGACGACCCCUUUCGACUUGUUUGAAUUUCUUCGUAUGCUAUUUAGUCCCCGAACUGCCUCACAGACUUUCCAACAUUUCAUUAACCGUGUUUUACGUGGCCUUUCAUGUGUUUGUGCAUAUGUUGACGAUGCCUUAGUCGCCAGUCGGGAUGCUGAUGAACAUCUUCAACACCUUGCCUCACUUUUCAGCCGAUUUCAACAGUUUGAUGUCACCCUGCAUCCUGCUAAAUGUGUCCUGGGGGCCACAUCUCUUGAGUUCUUAGGUCAUCAGAUCGAUUCCAGCGGCCUUCAGUCUCUUCCCUCAAAGGUGGCUGCCAUUCGAGACUUUUUACCUCCUACCUCGAGGCGUCAGCUGCAGCGGUUUCUCGCUUGGUAAACUUUCAUCGACGGUUUCUCCCGAACCGUGCCGACACCAUCCUCCCACCGACCAGUUCCCUCGCAGGUUCUAAACGCACCUCUAGACUUACAACAGCAGCAUCCACGUCAUUUGAGCAGGUAAAAGCCCUUCUGGCUGAUGCCACCAUCCUGACACACUUUCAUGCUGAUGUACCCAUAUAUCUGAUGGUCGAUGCUUCCGGUGUUGCUGUUGGCAUUAUCCAGUGCCGAAACCCGCUACAUCACAUUCGGACGUGAAUUUCUUGCCGGUUAUCUUGCCGAAAGACACUUCCGGCAGUUUCUGGGAGGUCGAGAGUUCACAAUUUUCACAGAUCAUAAGCCACUCACGUUUGCUAUGCAUUCCCACUCUGACAGACUAAACCCCGGGAGAUCCGCCACCUGGACUACAUUUCGCAGUUCACCUCAGACAUCCGCCAUAUUGACGGGUCUCAGAAUGCGGUGACUGACGCACUAUCCGGGCCCUCUGAUGCUCACCUCCAGUUUUCACCCGAGAUCGAUCUUGCUGAGAUGACCGCUGAACAACGCCGUGUUGGUUCACCCUGUGAUGAGGAUGUUUCCGGACCCCAACUUCAGGAGCUACCGCCGACAACUGGCAACAGCGCAAUUCUAUGCGAAGUAUUCACCCCAUCCAUUGCCCAUUUGUGCCACCAUCCCUUCGCCGUAAAUUUUUCUCCUCCCUGCAAAUCUACCUAA